CCUUUUUUUUUUUUUUUUGCUUCGCUUGCUUCAACCGACAACACGCACUCCCACCACCACCACACACACGCACCACCACUGGCAUGUCGAAUUGGUUUGCAGAGUUCCGCGACACGGCGGUGUCCGUGUUGGAACAGGCAGAUCAGCUUGCGGCAACCAACUUGAAGGAGCGCAAUCGAAGGCGCCGGCAGCUUGGCUUGGCCGCUGUCAUCCCAAGCUCCACCACCGCCGCCGCUGACUUGCACAAUGAUGACGAAGACACCAGACUGGAUCUUGAUGGUCCAACAUCAGCCAACAGCAACAAUGCACUGCUGGACGGCGCGCCCGAGGAUUCGACCCCACACACUCUCAGCCAAGCUGACGCUGCGAACAGCGGCACUGCAGCGAACACUCCCCAGCUCGCGCUGUCGAACGGCAGCCCAUCCGACCACUCUCGCCGCAACCACCCACACCGGCUCUCCGCAGAGCGACACGCUAAAAGUGACCGUGACGACGACGACGACGACGAUGAUGAUGAUGAUGAUGAUGAUGAUGAUGCCAAAGGUGGGGACGACGACGGAAGCGACGACGAGGGCGCGGGCGAUGAUGCACGGGAUGAAGUGGAAGGAGCAAAACAUACGAAGCAGCACAACGACACACUUCAACGCAAUGGCCAUGACUCCCACCACCACCACCACCACCAACAACAACAACAACAACAACAACAACAACAACAACAACAACAACAACAACAACAACAACAACAACAACAACAACAACAACAACAACGAGACGGUGGAGGAAGGCUGAGUUUCUCGUUGCCAAAGCGGGCAGCGUCGCUGCUCUCGGGAAAGGCAGCUUCGGCCACAGCCCCUGCCCUGCAGGCAGGCAACGGGACAGAUUCGGCGGCUCGCUUGCGGCGCGAGAACAGCGCGCUGCGACAGGAGAUUGCCUCGCUGGAGGACGAGGUGGCGUCCUUCGCCUCCCGCCUCAAGGCCUCACAGGACGCCGUCGCAGACACCCAGAACCAGCUGUCAAGGGCAGAGCGGCAGCUGAGCGACGAGCGGCAGACGCGGCAUCGGCUGGCCACGGAGAAGCACGAGAUGAGCACCGCGCUCACCGCGUGCAGGGAGGAGAACAAGGACUUGGAGGCCCGCCUCGCCCUGUUGCAGCGCGAGAACGAGACGCUCAUGACAAGCCAUGCAGGCAGCACGGACAAGCACAUGCAGCAGAUCCGCGAUCUGCAGGAAGAGCUCAAACAGUUGCAGCUGUCCAAAGGCCAGCACUCGGCCGACCUACGCCGCCAAGCCGCGGAGGAAGAGGCCAGGUGCUUGCAGCUCGAAGCAGCGCACGCAGACCUGGAAGCAAAGGUGUCUUCGCUCACCCAGCAACUACACACCAGCCAAGCGAGAACAAACGAGCACGCGCAGCGUGGAGAGCAGUUGCAGCGCGCGCUUCAGGCCAUGGAACGCGAAUAUGCAGACUACAAGCACAAGGCCAAAGGCAUUCUAGCGAGCAAAGAGGCCCUCAUUCAGCAACUACGCUCAGGCACCAACGUGCGCUCACAGCAAACCAACGGCAACAGCGCCGGUGGUGAUGGUGGCGGUGCGGGUGGCGUGGAUGGCGACAACGAUGGUCGCUCCAAAGUGGCCAACCUGCAACAGCAACUGCACGCCGCAAACACAGAAAACGAUGCCCUGCGCACACAGAUUGAAGAGUUGGAGGAGCAACACCAGCAGGACACAGACGACUUCGUUGCCGAGACAGAACACCUGCGCGCAACGAUUGACGAGCUGCAGUCCACCCUGCACAGCACAGAGGCCGACUAUAUGGCCCGCAUCAAGGAAUUGACACGCGUGCGCGAUGAGGCAAUAGAGACCAAGCGGUCGCUGCAGCUGGAGGUGCAUCGUGUGCAGCAUGACCUUGACACUCUCAAGCAGCAGAGUGAACUGAGCAAGCAGCAGCAACAACAACAGCAGCAGCAGCAGCAGCGCGUGUCUGGGUCACCGUCGUCGCCACAACAGCGCACCGAGGACAUGUCUGCCGUUCUUCUGCGAAAACAGGAGGAGAUGGCAAAAUUGCGUGAGCGAAACACACAACUCUCCGUCCAGCUCGAACAGGAACGCAAGCUGAAGGAGGAGGCGCUUCGCAAAUCACGUCAUCGACAGAGAGCAACUGUCUGGGACGAAUCGAUGCAGCUGCAGCCCAUCAUCCCACCAGGUGUUGCCACGGGCACAACUCCGCUUGACCGCCGCUUCAAGACGGCCGCAAACGCCCUCGACGCUAUCAGCAUACGCCUUGGCGUGUUCCUUCGUCGCUACCCAGCCGCACGUAUCCUCGUCAUCAUCUACAUGAUUCUGUUGCACCUGUGGGUGAUGAUUGUGCUGCUGACGACACAUCACGUGCCUGAGCCGGCCCUCGACCCGCACCCCCAGCCCAUGAUGGGUCACUCGUAAUAAUGUCGAUGAUGACGAUGGCGAUGACGACGACGAUGAGCAGGAGGCGGACAUGCCAUUCGCGCUGCACCCCACACAUCAUCCCCACCACUUUCCCCCAACACCGUUUAAGCUUCGUGCGGGGGGUUCUUGUGUUCUUGUUCAUAACCCAGACAGACCGGCAUGGACAGCCUGUGCGCCUGUCCACGUGUUAUUUCAGAGUGGCGCGCGUUACACUGCGAGUUGUACUGAUGGCGCUUGACAGCACUGACACAACAAACAGCAGACAGC